AGCAGUUCUAGAACGUUGCUGUGGUAGCGCUCGGGCGCCAUGUUAGGACGAAGGGGAAGGAGGAGAAGCGCUUAAAGCGGCGGGAGCGGGUGCGGGAGUGGGGUUGGACCCAGGGCUGCGGCAGGCCCCCCUCCCUCCCGCCUCAGUGGAUCAUGCCCAGGGCGGCAGCGGCGGCGGUUGCGGGGGGAAGUGACUGGGCGGUGCCGGCGCAGGAAACGAUGCCGUUUCCAGUUACAACACAGGGAUCACAACAAACACAGCCGCCGCAGAAGCACUAUGGCAUCACCUCUCCUAUCAGCUUAGCAGCCCCCAAGGAGACUGACUGCCUGCUGACACAGAAGCUCAUCGAGACUCUGAAGCCCUUCGGGGUUUUUGAAGAGGAAGAGGAACUGCAGCGCAGGAUUUUAAUUUUGGGAAAAUUAAAUAACCUGGUAAAAGAGUGGAUACGAGAAAUCAGUGAAAGCAAGAAUCUUCCACAAUCUGUAAUUGAAAAUGUUGGAGGAAAAAUUUUUACAUUUGGAUCUUACAGAUUAGGAGUACACACAAAAGGUGCCGAUAUUGAUGCUUUGUGUGUUGCACCAAGACAUGUUGAUCGAAGUGACUUUUUCACCUCAUUCUAUGAUAAGUUGAAAUUACAGGAAGAAGUAAAAGAUUUAAGAGCUGUUGAAGAGGCAUUUGUGCCAGUUAUCAAACUGUGUUUUGAUGGGAUAGAGAUUGAUAUUUUAUUUGCAAGAUUAGCACUGCAGACUAUUCCAGAAGACUUGGACUUACGAGAUGACAGUCUGCUUAAAAAUUUAGAUAUACGAUGCAUAAGAAGUCUUAACGGUUGCAGGGUAACCGAUGAAAUUUUACACCUAGUACCAAACAUUGACAACUUCAGGUUAACUCUGAGAGCUAUCAAACUGUGGGCCAAACGCCACAACAUCUAUUCCAAUAUAUUAGGUUUCCUCGGUGGUGUUUCCUGGGCUAUGCUAGUAGCAAGAACUUGCCAGCUUUAUCCAAAUGCAAUAGCGUCAACUCUUGUACAUAAAUUUUUCUUGGUAUUUUCUAAAUGGGAAUGGCCAAAUCCAGUGCUAUUGAAACAGCCUGAAGAAUGCAAUCUUAAUUUGCCUGUAUGGGACCCAAGGGUAAACCCCAGUGAUAGGUACCAUCUUAUGCCUAUAAUUACACCAGCAUACCCACAGCAGAACUCCACGUACAAUGUGUCCGUUUCAACACGGAUGGUCAUGGUUGAGGAGUUUAAACAAGGUCUUGCUAUCACAGAUGAAAUUUUGCUGAGUAAGGGAGAGUGGUCCAAACUUUUUGAAGCUCCAAACUUCUUUCAGAAGUACAAGCAUUAUAUUGUACUUCUAGCAAGUGCACCAACAGAAAAACAACGCCUAGAAUGGGUGGGCUUGGUGGAAUCAAAAAUCCGAAUCUUGGUUGGAAGUUUGGAGAAGAAUGAAUUUAUUACACUGGCUCAUGUGAACCCCCAGUCAUUUCCAGCGCCCAAAGAAAGUCCUGACAAGGAAGAAUUUCGCACGAUGUGGGUGAUUGGGUUAGUGUUUAAAAAAACCGAAAACUCUGAAAAUCUCAGUGUUGAUCUCACCUAUGACAUUCAGUCUUUCACAGAUACAGUUUAUAGGCAAGCAAUAAACAGCAAGAUGUUUGAGGUGGACAUGAAAAUUGCUGCAAUGCAUGUAAAAAGAAAGCAACUCCAUGAACUACUACCUAAUCAUGUGCUUCAGAAAAAGAAAAAGCAUUCGACGGAAGGCAUCCGGUUGACGCCGCUGAGUGAGAACAGCCUCGACUUGUCCAUGGACAGCGACAACAGCAUGUCUGUGCCUUCGCCCACCAGCGCCAUGAAGACCAGCCCGCUGAGCAGCUCCGGCAGCUCGCAGGGCAGAAACAGCCCUGCGCCAGCUGUCACGGCAGCAUCCGUGACCAACAUACAGGCUCCCGAAGUUUCUGUGCCACAAGCGAGUUCCGGCGAAAGCUCAGGGGGCAAGGAGAUCGGCUUGACAGGUGCACCGAGUGAGAGCCUUCCGCAGACCGCCACCCAGCCGGCCGUUUCGUCCCCUCCCAAGCCUGCGGCCUGCAGAGUCGUCUCCUCCACGCGCCUGGUGAACCCGUCCCGACCCUCGGGGAACGCAGCAACAAAAAUGCCGACGCCUGUGGUGGGAGUCAAAAGGAGAUCCUCACCUCACAAAGAAGAGAGCCCCAAGAAAACCAGAACAGAAGAGGAUGAAACAGGUGAAGAUGCUAACUGUCCUGCUUUGAGUGGACAUGAUAAAACAGAAACAAAGGAACAGCUCGAUACAGAGACAAGUGCAGCUCAAUCAGAAGCUGGGCAGACAGCGGCGUCUCUGUUGGCCUCUCAGAAAACAUCCAGUACAGACCUUUCUGAUCUCCCUGCUCUCCCUGCAAACCCUAUUCCUGUUAUCAAGAAUUCAAUAAAACUGAGAUUGAAUCGGUAAAAACAACCUCAGGGGUCCAUACACAGUAUCUGCCAACUCCACCUGUUGUCUUCAAAUGCUAAACACGGAGAACGGCGGGUCCGAGACUAGACAUGACUGCAAACGGACGUAGGGCUGUUGUGGCCUCCCUUACUGGGCUCCCCAGCACUUGAUCGGAAGUCCAGGUUAGUAUGUGAAGCCAGGAGUACUCUUCUUAUUGUGUUAGCAACAGUUGCAUUAACUAUUUCAAAAAAUUACUGCCUUUAAAAAAAAAAGCAAAAAAAAAAAAAAACCUCAAGCUCUAUUUGUAUCCAUAAUCGACAUCUGGAUCGGGUUUAUGUUUGAUGCAUUGUUUGAAAAAUUUGCAAUAUAAACUGGCAUAAGAACUCCUUACUCUGAUGAUGCACUUUUAUGUUUUUUUUUUUUUUAAUUAGAAAGUAGAACUAAUUUUAGAUUUUCAGCCUGAUGGAGUUUCAUUUUUUCUCGAAGAAUUCCCUUUCCCUUUAGUCUUCAGAUCGGACACCGUUGCGCAGGUGCACUGCUGUACUCCAGAGAGGGGCUCAGAGUCCGCCCAGCUCGGGCCCUGGGGGCCUGCUGUCGCCCUUGGACGCGAGCCGUCAGCUCUAGGGUGUAUAUUCAACAUCGAGAGAAUAAUUAGGGAACUCUUGGUUUGAUGGGGUCAUGAUUAAGAAAUGAUAUAUUGGUUUUAUUUAUAGAAUUGUUUAGAGUGCAUAUAAAUCAGCGAUCAGCCAGCAAACAUUUUUCUUUUGAGCUUGUUAAAGCUCCAUAUUCUUUUGCCUUUGAUCUGUUGUCUUUGAAACAAACAAAACUUUUUGCACCCUCCCCCUUGCUCUUCUUUUCCCUUUCUGCUUGUGUGCACAAGGUGGGGGCUUCACAUGGAACAAACUGUCCGUGUUUUCUUAAGCCGCGAUGUGCAGAGCCCGUGGCCGCACGGCACGCCCCGCGGUGUCGGCCCGCGGCCGAGGCCUGAGGCGACCGAAGCUGACGCCUGGGACCCUGCCGUCUCUGGGGCGGCCACGGGUCUCUGCGUGGGGGAUUUCGUGCACUCCACAGAACUGUCGGCAGUAGCAAAGCGGAUUUUUCAGUUUUAAAAAUGUGGGCAAAAAGGCAUUUUCUCCAAGAAUUUUAAAGUAACUUUUACUUUUAAAUGGUUGACCAAAAUUUGUCAGUAAACUCUACGUGUAGAAACAUUUAAAAAACCAUUUCCAGCAAGCACUUGACAUCUAGUCAGCUCUCUCUACUCCUUUUCCAUUUUGCUUUAUCUUGUCAACGGAUUAGGAACUCUUUUCUUUAAAGAAAAUAAGUCCUCGCAAUGAAGCAGCAGGACCUGCAUCUUCAGGAACUCUGAGGGGUGCCAGAUGUGGAUGAGCUCACUCUCCAUCUGGACAGAGCAAGCCCCACGGGUCUUUCCGACGCGCGUGCCCCGCGAGCCCUCUGCCCCUUUCUGUCCCACUGCGUUGCCACGGCCAGCCGCAGCUCCUCAGGCUCCGCCGGGUCCUUCCGAAUCAGUUUUCCGCAGCUGCAGUGUAGUCUUCCCCUGUAGGCUAUGCGUUCACCGAGGCUUUCUUUUCGCCGCACCUCGUGCCGCCCGGCAUACAACACCUCCCCUCCCUCGCCUCCGCGCUGCACAGCCGCCUUGCCCUUCCUCCCAGCACCUCGAAGAAACGGUCGUACUAACAGGUGACGUGUACAAGGUGUCUGCGUGUUUUGUGUAGCUUCCGAGUUAGAUUGAAAUCGCCAGGCACAGAGUUAGUCUUGUCAUUUUGUUUACACAUUGGGGAAAAAUUCAGUUUAUUAAACGUUUCAUGUAACUGCACCCAAGUUUUGCCAAGCUGGAGACUUGGACCUUUUCUGUGUAGUGACUUUUUAAUUCUAGUUCUCAUACCCUGGAGACCAGACUGUUGCUUUCGCAUGAUGUAUGUAGUGUGCCAUGACUGGAGUUUGCUUUGUUUUAUAGUAUCUGUACUCCUUGUAUUUUUCAAGAGCUAUUUUGUAAACAGAUGAUGUAUUUCUCCAUUGAAAACACAAUAAAAAACAACAGCAGCACAA